AUUCGGUCGGGUCAGUAUAACAAGUCUCGUCUUGUACUCUGACCCCGAUUGCAGAUUUUGAGUUAGCCCCAGUUAGGUUUCCAGCAAUUCUCGUCUUAAGUCACAGAGAGGCAUGUCGUACUUGCUGCCUCACCUCCAUUCAGGAUGGGCUGUAGAUCAGGCCAUCCUUGCCGAGGAGGAGCGUCUCGUCGUCAUCCGAUUUGGCCACGAUUGGGACGAAACGUGCAUGCAGCCUUUCCAAGGCUUUUUGUAUAUUCCAUCGCUUUUAGCUGCAAAGCAACGGCCUUUUUCUGGAAUUGAGUUUUGGCAUGUAUUUUUCCUGCAACCAACUUAUGUAGGAUCGAUGGAUGAAGUGCUGGCAUCAGUUGCUGAGACAAUAAAGAAUUUUGCUGUAAUUUACCUCGUGGACAUAACUGAGGUUCCUGAUUUUAACACCAUGUAUGAGCUGUAUGAUCCCUCCACGGUUAUGUUUUUCUUUAGGAACAAACACAUUAUGAUAGAUCUUGGCACUGGAAACAACAACAAGAUUAACUGGGCUCUUAAGGACAAGCAAGAGUUCAUUGACAUUAUUGAGACAGUCUAUCGAGGUGCAAGAAAGGGACGUGGUUUGGUGAUUGCUCCCAAAGAUUAUUCCACCAAAUACCGUUAUUAAGCUUAUUGAUCAAAGUGUUCUUUCCGUAUUUUUUAUGACUAUCUUUCUCUUCCAAGUGUUGGUAAGAACAAUUCGUAUUUGGUUGUCUUCCACCGACUUUGCAUGGGCAGCAAUAUUUAUAUUGAAGUUGAAGCUUCUAGACUGGAUUGUCCUUGAUUCGAUGAGGUUUCUUGUUACAGAAAGUAUAUAAUGUUUUUGGUGUUUUGAGAAGGAAGAGAAAACUUUGGAAUAAAGUUUAUUUAUCUGCUUCUUUAAUAA